AUGGACGACAUCUCAACAGCUGAGUCGCAAUGGCUGUCUCAACUGGCUGCGAUGCGGCAGGCUAUUGCAGAUCUGAAGCUGCCAAAAGGUCAGAAUGUCGAACCGAUUAGUUAUGGAAGCGAUAUCGACUUGGACAUUGACGACGACUAUUCUUCCCCGGGGACGGUGGAUGAUGUUUGGGACAUUAUCAGCUCCGAUGACGAAGCGGAUAGUGGCUUGGAUGACCUGACUGACGUACCUUCCCACGUUGCUCCCUCUCAGUCCGCUGCAUAUGACCGAACCUGGUUGGGGGAACGAUGCCUCGACGUUGCCAUGCGGAAUUCGACCAUGGAUGCUGAGGAGCUCUCGCAGCAAAUAAUCGCGGCGCUUGCUACGGACAGUGAUGACGCCGAGUUGCAAAUGUCUCUCGCCGAAAUCGUUGGCUUUGAUGACCUGGAUUUGGUGAUUGAGCUCAUCGCUCAUCGCGGGGAGAUCUUGUCUGACAAACAUCAGCGGGGCGAGGCACAAACCGACGGUCUUGCCUCUGGGAAACUGCAGACCCGAGCAGAGAGAGCGCAAGGCUUGCGAGAGCGUGAUUGGCAGCAUAAGAAUGCCCCGCUGUUGGCUGCACAAACUCGGACCGAGCCUCAAUAUCCGCAUGUUUACAAGCUUCAUACCUCUGGGAACCUUCUAUCCCCCAAUGGCAGAAAAUUCGGUCUUCCGGUUGGAAGCAGGGAAAUUGAGGAGCCCAAGUAUACGGAGUAUGAGAUCCCUGCGUCCAGAGUUGGAGCGGUGCAACCCAAUCAAAAGCUCGUAGAAAUUGCGGGCUUGGACGGUCUCUGUCGAGGAACUUUCAAGGGCUAUAAGGCACUCAACCGAAUGCAGAGUUUGCUGUAUGAGGUCGCAUAUAAGACAAACGAGAAUAUGCUCAUUUGUGCGCCUACUGGUGCUGGUAAAACGGAUGCUGCAAUGCUCACCAUUCUCAACGCAAUUGGAAAGAAUACGACCCCCAACCCACUUGAAAUGCCUGAUGCCACCGAGUUUACCGUCCAGGUAGAUGAUUUCAAGAUUGUCUAUGUGGCACCCAUGAAGGCUCUUGCCGCCGAAGUCACCGAAAAGCUCGGCAAGCGACUGGCGUGGCUGGGAAUUCAAGUUCGCGAGCUCACCGGUGACAUGCAACUGACCAAGCGAGAAAUUGUCGAAACCCAAAUCAUUGUGACGACCCCCGAGAAGUGGGAUGUUGUGACUCGCAAAAGUACGGGGGAUACCGAGCUUGUGCAGAAAGUCCGAUUGCUCAUCAUCGAUGAAGUUCACAUGCUUCAUGAUGAACGAGGUGCUGUGAUUGAAUCCUUAGUUGCCCGUACUCAACGCCAAGUGGAGAGUACCCAGUCAUUGAUUCGCAUCAUUGGUCUUUCAGCCACACUCCCCAACUACGUGGAUGUUGCAGACUUCCUGAAAGUGAAUAAGAUGGCGGGACUCUUCUUCUUUGAUUCUUCAUUCCGACCAGUGCCUUUGGAGCAACACUUUAUCGGUGUCAAAGGCAAGCCGGGAUCAAAGCAAUCCCGUGAGAACCUCGAUGUCGUUGCUUUUGAAAAGGUUCGUGAUAUGGUGCAAAGGGGCCACCAGGUCAUGGUCUUUGUUCAUUCGCGUAAAGACACUGUCCUCACGGCUCGCCUACUCAAGCAGUUGGCUGCCGAGGAAGGAUGCGAAGAUCUGUUUAGCUGUCAGGAACACGAAGGAUACUCCAACGCUUUGCGGGAUAUGAAACAUGCCCGAGCUCGUGAGCUUCGUGAUCUCUUCGCAAGCGGCUUUGGCACACAUCAUGCUGGUAUGAGCCGCAGUGAUCGUAACCUGAUGGAGCGUAUGUUUUCUGAGGGAUUGAUCAAGGUUCUGUGCUGUACGGCCACCCUUGCCUGGGGUGUCAACUUGCCAGCCGCAGCUGUUGUGAUCAAAGGAACUCAGUUGUACAAUCCACAGGAAGGUAAAUUCGUCGAUCUCAGCAUCUUGGAUGUGCUUCAGAUCUUUGGUCGCGCUGGUCGUCCUCAGUUCCAGGAUACCGGUAUUGGCUUCAUUUGUACGACCCAUGACAAACUGCAGCAUUACUUGUCUGCCGUGACAGCUCAACAACCGAUCGAGUCCAAGUUCUCCAGCCGUCUCGUUGACAACCUCAACGCUGAGAUCGCGCUUGGUACCGUGACAUCCAUCUCUGAAGCGGUCCAGUGGCUGGGCUAUUCAUACCUCUUUGUCCGCAUGAAGCGUGAGCCUCGCAACUACGGUAUCGAGUAUGCGGAGCUGAGGGAUGACCCAAUGCUUGUUCAGAGACGGCGACAACUGAUCAUUCAAGCCGCGCAGACGCUGCAAAAAAGUCAAAUGAUCAUCUUUAAUGAGAAGACGGAAGACCUGAAGGCCAAGGAUGUAGGGCGCAUUGCGAGUCAAUAUUACGUCUUACAGACGAGUAUUGAAAUUUUCAAUGACCAGAUGCGUCCUCAGUCCGGAGAGGCGGACGUUCUUAGAAUGAUCAGUCUGAGCGGCGAGUUUGACAACAUUCAAUCUCGUGACAGCGAAUCAAAGGAACUGCAACGGCUACGUGAUGAAGUCGUCCAGACCGAAGUCGAAGGAGGCAACGAUUCUCCCCACGCAAAAACCAACAUUCUGCUCCAAUCCUACAUCUCUCGUGCCCGAAUUGAGGACUUUGCUCUCGUCUCGGACACUGGGUACGUAGCUCAGAAUGCUGCUCGCAUUUGUCGGGCGCUAUUCAUGAUUGCUUUGAACCGCCGCUGGGGCUAUCAAUGCCAGGUGUUGCUUUCCAUGUGCAAGUCCAUCGAGAAGCAAAUUUGGCCCUUCGAUCACCCCUUCCACCAAUUUGAUUUGCCUCAGCCCGUACUGAGGAAUUUGGACGAGAGGCUUCCAACUUCGUCUAUUGAAUCUAUGCGGGAGAUGGACUCGGCCGAGAUCGGUCAACUUGUCCACAAUCAAAAGAUGGGCAAAGUAUUGACCAAGUUGCUGGACAAUUUCCCUACUCUGAGUGUGGAAACCGAGAUUGCGCCCUUGAACAGAGAUGUUUUGCGCAUUCGACUCUUGAUCUAUCCCGAAUUUAGCUGGAAUGACCGCCACCAUGGAAGCUCCGAGUCGUUCUGGGUGUGGGUUGAGAAUUCCGAGACUUCGGAGAUCUACCACCAUGAGUAUUUCAUUCUCAGUCGCAAGAAGCUCUUUGAUGAUCACGAACUCAACUUCACUAUCCCGCUGUCUGACCCACUACCCAGCCAGAUCUACAUUCGGAUCAUCUCAGACCGCUGGCUUGGUGCCGAAACUGUCAGCCCUGUGUCUUUCCAGCACUUGAUUCGCCCCGACACAGAAAGUGUCUAUACAGAUCUCUUGAACCUGCAGCCUCUCCCCAUCUCUGCCCUCAAAAACCCUAUUCUCGAGGAGGUCUAUGGCCAACGCUUCCAGUUUUUCAAUCCUAUGCAAACUCAAAUUUUCCAUCUACUUUAUCAUACGGCCUCGAACGUUCUUCUUGGAUCUCCUACUGGCAGUGGUAAGACUGUGGCCGCAGAGCUAGCUAUGUGGUGGGCCUUCCGUGAGAAGCCUGGAUCCAAGGUCGUUUAUAUUGCUCCCAUGAAAGCCCUCGUCCGCGAGCGUGUCCAGGAUUGGCGCAAACGCUUGACGGGCCCAAUGGGCUUGAAGCUUGUUGAGUUAACUGGCGACAAUACUCCGGAUACGCGGACGAUUCGAGACGCUGAUAUCAUCAUCACUACGCCAGAGAAGUGGGAUGGUAUCUCCCGUAGUUGGCAAACUCGAGACUAUGUGCGCAAAGUCAGUCUGGUUAUCAUUGAUGAGAUUCACCUCUUGGGAGGAGAUCGAGGUCCUAUCUUGGAGAUUAUUGUAUCCCGCAUGAAUUACAUUGCCUCGCAAUCCAAGGGGUCCGUGAGGCUUAUGGGCAUGUCUACUGCCUGUGCCAACGCCACCGAUCUGGCGAACUGGCUCGGUGUCAAAGAAGGACUGUAUAACUUCCGCACUCUGUUCGUCCGGUUCCGCUGGAAAUCUUCAUCGACGGCUUCCGGAAACGGAACAGCACCAACAUUCCUGGCUAUCAAGAACCAUUCGCCCGAAAAGCCCGUGAUUGUGUUUGUUGCGUCCCGCCGACAGACUCGUCUCACAGCCAAGGACUUGAUCAAUUACUGCGGAAUGGAGGAUAAUCCUCGUCGCUUUGUGCGGAUGUCUGAGGAAGAUCUGGAGCUUAACCUGGCACGAGUCAAAGAUGACGCCUUGCGCGAGGCUCUCAACUUUGGAAUUGGGUUGCACCACGCUGGUCUUGUUGAGUCUGAUAGGCAACUGGCAGAGGAGCUUUUCGCCAACAACAAGAUUCAGAUUCUGGGCACACAGUUCUUUGAUGCGAAGAUUGAAGGCUACCGUGAUAUGGACUUGACCGACGUGCUUCAGAUGCUUGGUCGCGCUGGUCGGCCACAGUUUGAUAAUUCGGGUAUCGCGCGAAUCUUUACCCAGGACUCUAAGAAAGCAUUCUACAAGCAUUUCUUACACACGGGCUUUCCAGUUGAGUCAACUCUACACAAGGUUUUGGACAAUCACUUGGGCGCCGAAGUCUCUGCAGGGACAAUCGGUACGAAGCAGGAUGCGCUUGACUAUUUGACAUGGACUUUCUUCUUCCGUCGCCUCCACAAAAAUCCCUCUUAUUACGGCCUUGAGAUUUCUGCCGAGGAGCAAAACACAAUGGCUGCGCACGCUACUGCCCAAGACUUUAUGAUUGAAUUGGUUGACAAUUCACUCAAUGAUUUGGCAGAGUCCUCUUGUGUACUGGUUGACUCUGCUACUGGCGAAGUGGAUUCGACUCCUUUCGGCAAGAUCAUGAGUUAUUACUACCUUUCUCAUAAGACGAUCCGUUUCCUGAUGACGCAUGCCAACCGCGACCCUUCCUUCCAAGAUGUUCUGAGCUGGAUGUGCUCUGCCACUGAAUUCGACGAAUUGCCUGUUCGGCACAAUGAAGAUCUUAUCAACGCCGAGUUGGCUCAAAACCUGCCACUUUCCACGGAGUCAAUGGGUGACAUUCCCAUGUGGGAUCCUCACGUCAAAGCUUUCCUCUUGCUGCAAGCUUAUAUGUCUCGGAUCGACCUUCCCAUUUCUGAUUAUGUCGGUGAUCAAACAUCUGUUUUGGAUCAAAGCAUUCGCAUCAUUCAGGCAUCAAUUGACGUUAUGGCUGAGCUCGGAUUCAUACCAGCGUGUGAGAUGUUUGUGACUCUUUUGCAGUGUAUUAAAUCUGCACGCUGGCCAGAAGAUCACGCGUUGUCUAUUCUUCCAGGGAUCCCCGUGGAGAAGCCACCCCGUGGACUUCCCGCCUCUCUUGUCAAACUAUCUUCUCAACCCAGAUCUGCUGUCUCUGAGUUGGCUAAGAAGUUGAACUUGCAUCCUGGAUUCAGCAAAGCGGUCAAUCAACUGCCAAAUAUAUCUCUCGCAGUCGCUGGGAUUUCUUCAAAAGGUCUCAGCGUCUCCAUCACUCGCCGCAACCCCUCUACCAACUCCGAAUAUCGCAUCUACGCGCCAAAAUUCCCUAAGCCACAGACCGAAGGGUUUUUCCUGGUCGUCUGUAGUGCUCGGCCCGAUGGUUCUGACGGCGAGCUCCUUGGCUUGAAGCGCGUGUCGUGGCCAUCUUCUACUGGAAAUAAUGGCAAGUUCCACAAUCGUGGAGGGGCAGCUUUUGGCUCGGGUCGCGCUGGUGCUGGCAACGGCAAGGGUCGUGGUGAUAAUGGCCCAAUCACCAUACGCUCCCUAGUCAAGUUCCCCGGUGCCGCCUUUGCUCAGAGCCUGUCUUUGACCAAUGGCGGGCUUAGCCGGGUGAAUGUGAAGCUCAUCAGCGACUCAUAUCCUGGCAUGCAGUGGGAUUUAUCCAAGGUGGAGGUUGAACUUGCCCCAAACCCAACUACUGCUACCCAAACGGUUGAGCCUUCCUCCAGCGUCAGCCUGAAAGACGACGCGGCAUGA